UUUCUUUGAUCACUUUCUCUCUCCUUGCUUGCAUUUUGGUUUUGCUUCAAAGGAAUUGUAACUUCCUUAGCUCUAUCACUUGUUUAGGGUUUUGGGUAUUCUGUUUUAAGCUUGAAUCAUAUUAGUUUUGUCUUUAGUUUUGGGUUUUCCUUCGUCAUCCUAUCAUAUUUAGCAAUUGGAGGGCGAGUCGUCAUUGGAAUGAUGUUGGAGGUCAUGGAUUCAGUGGAUGUGUGCCCAACUGAGGAUGCUCUUAGCACCUUGUUAGAGUACCUGGUUGAUCCAAAGCUACCCUCAAAAUCUGCUGCAAGGAUUACACCGACACAGUUCGAUCAGGAAUUAGUUGGAAAACAGGUUCAUGCAGUUGUGUUACUGUAUAAUUAUUACUACCGGAAGCAACAUCCCCAUUUAGAAUAUCUAGGUUUUGAGAACUUCUGCAAGUUAGCUGUAAUUUUGAGACCUACUUUACUGGCACAUCUGAAACUAAUGCAACUAUCGAAUGAUACUGAGCUGGAUAACCUGGAAGAAGAGGUUUCACUGACAGAGAAAAUGAUUAUGGAUGCAUGUGAUAUAUCAACAACCCUAGAUGCAUCCAGGCAAGCUCCAACCAUUGAGGGAUGGCCAAUUUCCAAGGUUGCUGUUUUUCUAAUAGAUUUGAAGAAGGAGAAUUGCUUACUGAAAUUUGGUUCCAUCACUAAAGGGGUUUGGUCGGUGAUUGAGAAAGAUAUGGAUCUCUCUAAUAAAAGUUCAAGGGGUACAAUUGACCCAGAGCAUGUAACCAAGAAGAAAAGAUUUAUCAGAAAACCUUUGAAUAAUGUGUCAGUAGCUGAUGAGGCGGAUCUUCAGCAACUUGCGUUUUCAGCAGUCAAGGAAGUAACGGGAAUUAAUCAAAAUGACCUUUUGAUUUUGGAAAGACAUGAUGUAUAUUCUACGAGUAAAGAAAAGGCAGCUGCAUGCUUUUAUAUAAUGCAGUAUGCCCAAUCAAACAACAAUAACAUUACCAAAACUCCUAUUGAAGAUGCUCUUAAUAGCUUGCAAGGCCCUCUGUUUGUAAGGAGUUCUAGCCGAUGGAUCCAUACCUCAGUUGUUGAGUACUUCCAUUUGCUUCCUUACGCGGGAAUCCUUUCAGACUGGCUCGCCAGGAAAUCCAGUAGUUUGCAAGUUCAGAACCCAGGAUCAGAAACCAUAAAUGUUAACAGCUCCAAAAGGAUAGAAAGACCUUGUAUACCAGAAGCUCCUAAAAGUUCACACGAUGGGGAUCUAGGUAGCAAGAAAGGCUCUGGAUCAGCAAAGCAGCGUGAGGAUGAUGGAUUUUAUGCGGUUGAUUUGACUGAUGAUAUUGAUGGGCCCCGCAAAAUGGAAGUGGACGACUCUUUUGUGGCUCAUGCUGAAACCAAAGACAAAGUAACAAAUGUUGUUAGUAAAGUUAAACCUCAGAAUUGCCAAAAGAAGACUUCUCUAGAUGGGUCUUCAAAUGGUUCAGUAGAUAAGGCUAAUAUGGCUGACAUUUUGAAGAGGCAGAAAAUUAGCAGAGAUGAACCUGCUGCCAGUAGAAACAAGGACUUGAAAGGGACCUCCUCAGAUCAAGAUGGGAUUCCAAGAAAUGGUCAUGCAAUUGUUAAGGAUCGUUCAAAUUCCAAUGAUCUUGAUAAAUUACGAACUGUCAUAGCUUCAAAAGAUCAGGAACUCUCACAAGCUGCAUUGCAAGUGGUUUUAAGCAAAAGAGCUAAACUGUGUUUACAGCUGCGAGACAUUGAAGAUCAGAUUGCCCAAUGUGAUAAAAAUAUCCAGACAAUUUUGAAUGGUGGUGAAGGUGAUUUGGCCCUGAAGAUAGAAUCACUCCUAGAGGGUUGUAAUGAUGUAUCCCUAAUAAGUCUUGUCAAAGAAACUCAACAUUGCAAGGAGGACCAACCCUCAACUCCACUGAUCAAAAGUACAAGACUGCCUGCCAAUAUACCGAAUAAGCAAAAUCCAUGUCAGGAAUUGGAUGAUUUAUGUCGUCAAAAGAAUUGGAUAUUACCAACUUAUCAAGUGUCCGCACCAGAUGGUGGAUUUCAAGCCAAUGUAAUUGUGAAAGGGAAAGAUUGUGAGUACUCAACUGGUGGUGGUGAUCUGCAUCCUCAUCCACAUGAAGCAAGAGAAUCAGCUGCUCUGCAGAUGUUGUCCGAAUUGCAUAAAGCAGAAAUUGUCCAGUAGAUCCUUCAGAAUGAGAUGACAGUAGCCAUGGUUAGCUUGAGAUACCCGGCUUCUUUAAUGUAUUUGGACGGCAAAAACCUACCAUUUAAGACUUGGGAAAUCCCAAAUGGAGUAGAUGAAAUCAGUUUUUUUUCUUUUUUUAGAGUUGUGAUACUUUAGUAUUUAGAUGUUUCUCUCAACCCCACAAAGAUAAAAGCAAUGGGGAGGAGAAGAAAAUAGAAAUUAUAGUUGCAGUACUCGUGCAUAACAUAACAAUCAUUAACUACCGAAACGAGAAUAUAGCAAACUACUUGUUCACUCCAUACGAGCUUUUCCUACAAUUACUGGCAGCGCUCUGAUAUUCAUGGAUAUGUGCAAAACUUUUGGCGCCAUUUGUGCUCAGACAGACUAUGAAUGUAUAGCAAUUUUAGACGAGGGAGACAGCUAUUUUUCACUCAAAAAUAAAUUCCGACCUUUUUUCUUUUUUCUUUUU